AUGAAGUCGUUGCAGCGUUCUGCCAUUAUUGCCGCCGAAGAGCAGCCCGCCAAUGACGCUCAACCGGGUCGAACCGACUCCGCCGAUGCCAAGAUCAGCAGCCUGACGAUGGCGCUAACGAUGGCCGUUGCCUUGCUGGUGGGCAUCGGCGUUUUCCUCAUUUUGCCCCUGUUGGCGGUGCGGGCCAUCGACCCGUUCAUCGCUUCUUCAGUGGUAAGCAACCUGAUUGAGGGGAUCAUCCGCCUGGCGAUUUUGGUCGGUUACGUGGCCGGCAUCUCGGCAAUGAAAGACAUCCGCCGCGUGUACGCCUACCAUGGGGCCGAGCACAUGGCGGUCCACACCUACGAAGCCGGGGAACCUCUGGCCGUGGACUACGUCCGACGGCAUCCCACGCCACACCCCCGCUGCGGUACGGCGUUUUUGCUCACCGUCGCUGUAGUAUCCGUGCUGGCGUUUGCGCUGCUGGACGCAGCCCUUGGCACCGAGUUGCAAUGGCGCAUCCUGUCGCGCAUCGUGCCAAUCCCGAUAGUUGCUGCUGUUAGCUACGAAAUCAUCCGUUUCGCCGGCGCCCACCGCACCGCCUGGUUCGGUCAGGUGCUGGCCGCCCCCGGGCUCUGGUUGCAGCGCAUCACCACCCGCCAGCCCGACGAUGCUCAGAUCGAGGUGGCCAUCACCGCCAUGCAGGCCGCUAUAACUGCGGAUGCCGAACCAGAUGCUGAAGAGGCGAACCACUAUGCGGGUGGCGCCGUCGGCUGA